AUGCUGGCAACUCUGCUGCUCACCCUUAGCUGCCUGGGCUGCCACAUCCCCCGGCAGGCACAGGCUGUACCCAUACUGCUCCUAGGUCUGGCCCCAGACACCUUUGAUGAUGCCUAUGUGGGGUGCUGGGAGGAGAUGGAGAAGAAGGCCAUGACCUUGCUGCAGGAAGAGAUGGCCCACCACACCCUGCUGCGGGAAUCCUGGGAAGCUGCCCGGGAGGCUUGGGAACGCAGACAACAUGGGCUUACUUUGCCCCCUGGCUUCAAAGCCCAGCACGGAAUCGCCAUCAUGGUCUACACCAACUCAUCUAACACCUUAUACUUGGAGCUGAACCAGGCUGUGCGCAUGGGUGGUGGCUCCCGGGAGCUCUACCUGAGGCACUUCCCCUUCAAGGCCCUGCAUUUCUACCUCACCCGGGCCCUACAGCUGCUGCGGGGGAGUGAGGGCUGCAGUGGGGAGGUGGUGUUCCGAGGCGUGGGCAGUCUGCGCUUUGAGCCCAAGAUGUUAGGAGACGUUGUCCGCAUGGGUCAUUUUGCCUCCAGCUCCCUGGAUAAGGCAGUAGCCAACAAGUUUGGUAAUGCCACCCUCUUCUCCCUGAGGACUUGCUUUGGAGUCCGUAUCCAGGCCUUUUCUGUCUUUCCCAAGGAACUUGAGGUGCUGAUCCCCCCUCAUGAAAUCUUCCUGGUCACCAGUUUCUCCCAGGAUGGAGCCCAGAGCCUUGUGACCCUCCAGAGCUAUAAUCAGACCUGUAGUCACUUCAACUGCGCCUAUCUGGGUGGUGAGCUGUGCAUGGGUGCAGCAGGACAGCAGCGGGUGACUGGAGGCGGGGAGAAGAAACAAGACUGUAUGCCUGUACCAACAGAAAGAGGAAUCUUGGCUUCUAAAGGAAUCUUAGCUCUGAGCUUCCAAAAGACCUUGCUCAUGAACCCCAGGAGGGUCCAAUUCUUGGGAGCGGGACCCUGA